ACGUGCCGCGGGGCGGUGGCUGCUGGCGUGCGGCGGCGCGUGGGGUGCGGGUGGGGGAGCGUGGCGCAGUAGGGGUCCGUAACCCUGCGCGCUAUGGCCUCCGUGCCGGCCGUACCUGCGGCCGUGCCGGACUCCUAUAGCCACGUGCUGGCGGAGCUGGAGUGCUUAGACCCGCUGCUGUCCGCGCUGCGGCUGGACUCCGCUCGGCUGAAGUGCACGUGCAUCACCGUGUCAAGGAGGUGGCUGGCUCUGGGCACCUCAGGAGGAGGGCUGAACCUUAUCCAGAAGGAUGGUUGGAAGCAGAGGCUCUUCCUUACUCAUAAGGAGGGUGCCAUUUCCCGAGUUGCAUGUUGUUUACACGAUGAAGACUACGUUGCUGUUGCCACCAGCCAGGGUCUUGUGGUGGUGUGGGAGCUGAAUCAGGAACGUCGCGGGAAGCCAGAACGGAUUUAUGUUUCCUCUGAACAUAAGGGCAGAAAAGUUACAGCUCUGUGUUGGGAUACAGCCGCCCUCCGUGUUUUCGUAGGAGAUCAUGUGGGGAAAGUAUCAGCCAUCAAAAUUAACACAUCCAAACAAGGGAAGGCUGCUGCUACUUUUGUGAUGUUUCCUGUUCAGAUUAUAACCACUGUAGAUUCUCGGGUUGUUCAGCUGGAUUAUUUGGAUGGAAGACUGCUCAUAUCUUCACUUACACGCACUUAUUUAUGCGAUACUGAGAGAGAGAAGUUUUGGAAAAUUGGUAACAAAGAGAGGGAUGGAGAAUUUGGAGCGUGUUUCUUCCCUGCUGGAAAAAACAGUGGGAAUCAGCAGCCAUUGAUAUACUGUGCCCGGCCUGGCUCGAGGAUGUGGGAGGUGAACUUUGAUGGGGAAGUGCAGAGCACGCAUCAGUUCAAGCAGCUGCUCUCAUCUCCGCCUCUCCCUGUCGUUACUCUCAGGACAGAUCCUCAUUAUGCUAGUUCCAUCUGCUCUGCGCAAUCUUUAUCUUUCCCCAAGCUACUAUACUUGACUGAGCAUUAUGUGUUGACCUGGACAGAAAGAGGCAUUUAUAUCUUUAUUCCCCAAAGCGUUCAAGUCUUGCUGUGGAGUGAAGUAAAAGAUAUUCAGGACAUAGCAGUUCACAAGAAUGAGUUGUUCUGUCUGCAUACAAAUGGCAAAGUUGCACGCUUUUCCCUUCUGCUGGUGGACCGUUGCAUAGAGCGCCUGAUGAGAAGAGGGUUCUGGACUCUUGCUGCUAGGGUCUGUUGUCUCUUCCAAAAUUCAGUCAUUUCCUGCAGGGCAAGAAAAAAUUUGCCCCUAGAAAAGUUGGAGCAUCUGAAGUCUCAGCUGGAUGCCUCAGCCCAGCAGGAUCUCAUCUCACACCUGGAAGAACUCAUCUUAAAGUUGGAACCUCUAGACUCUGCGUGCAGCAGUAGGAGGAGCAGCAUUUCAUCUCAUGAAAGCUUCAGUGUGUUGGACUCCGGCAUAUACCGUGUUAUUAGCCGAAGGGGCAGUCAGUCAGAUGAUGAUUCGUGUUCCCUCCACAGUCAAACGUUCUCAGAAGAUGAGAGGCUUAAAGAAUUUCAUGCACACCAGGAGGAUGAACAGGUGGAACUCGACAGCGCAUCUCAUGCAUCUGUGACGAUUGAGGCUGACCGGAGUGAAACAUUUCUCCCAUUCAGUAUUCCUUUAUCAUUUCGUUCCCCAUCUCCUCUCGUCUCUCUCCAAGCUGUCAAAGAAAGUGUUUCCAGCUUUGUACGCAAAACUACUGAGAAGAUCGGCACACUUCAUGUGAGUCCUGAUAGUAGAGGGAAACCAGAGGCAAAGGAUGACGAGCAGCAGCAGGAGGCAUCUGUUAAUCUGGUAGCAUCUCCACAGGAAGAGAGGGAAUCAGAAUUGCAGAACCACCAGCUUCCAGAGGAGGAUCAUCUAAGAGAUCUUAAGGCUGCAACAGCAAAAGCUGUAGGCAAACUGCAGGAUCCCCUGGUUUUGUUAGAGCCACAGUGUAUGAAAAGAGUUUUACAGGAGUGGCUUGUCUUUCUGGAAGCAAAAUUCGGCAACAAAGAGCAUUCUGCUUCCUCUGUUGAGAAGAGCAAGACUAUAUGUGCUGAAGAACAGAGGGAAGUCCUGGAGGAAAGCCUGCAAGGAAGACUGAAUGGUGGAGACCUAGUAGGCAAAGAACCAGAUUGCGUGGAGGAAGACUGCACUGAAAACAAAGAUGAAACAUGUGAAAGCCAAACCAUACAUGAAAAUAGUACUGAUUUGAAGGGACUUUUGGAUGGCUGCUUUCAAGUGUCUCCUCCAUGUGACCUAGAACCAGAUGUGCACAAAGAUCUGGUUGAGUUGACAACGCUGUGUUUUGAACUGCGUGUAUUUUCCUGUGGAAAUGGUGCUGCAGAGGAAAGCUCUGACCAAAGUCUGCCCCCAGCAGCUUCGUGGACCUUUGCUUGUAGAUUUAUACAAAACUACUUCUUUCUUCUGGAUUUAAAGAGACUAAAGCAGUGUAUUAUAACCAUGUAUUCAAGCAGCCCUAACGUAUGGGAAACAUACAUUACAGGAUUGAAAGAGCUAACGUGUCACAGUCCAGUGACUUUCGCAAUGGAAAAUGAAGAUAUGUUGAAAAUACUGAAACAGUUGCAUGACUUGGGGCCUUGGGAUGAUAGCCCUCUGUUGCUGGUACAUGCUCAAAGACUUUAUGAAAAAUUUGGGGAAACAGCUCUUCGGCCCUUGGUCAAGUUCUACCCUUCUAUUGUGCCCUCUGAUAUCAAGCAGCUUUGCAGGAAUAAUCCGGCUCACUUUUUAGCAUAUUUAGAUAGCCUUCUGAAGUCAGUGCCAGAGGAUACAAGGUCAUCCCUCCUUAGAUCUCUUCUGCAGCCAGAAUCAGUACGACUGGAUUGGUUAUGCUUGGCGGUUUCUCAUGAUGCACCACAAAGAGCAAACACUGUAGAUGCAGAAGGAAAUCCCAGGCCACGGUCGCAUUUGUUUACGUGGGGAUACAGCCAGCUCAUUCUGCUUCUGAUUAAACUCCCGGCUGAUUUUGUUACAAAAGAGAAGAUGGCUGACGUUUGUAAAUCACACGGAUUUUGGCCUGGAUAUCUUUUUCUCUGCCUGGAGCUGGAUAGAAGAAUAGAAGCCUUUACUAAUAUUGCUCAUUUGGAUGAUUUGAGCCUGUUGAAUGAAGAAGCUGGUUCGAUUCCAGAGACCACAGAAGAAUGGAAGUUUCUUCUGCAUCUUGCACAAAAUCAUAGCAGUGCUUUCCACAGCGAUGGCCCACAGAAUGGGAAUGCUGUCAGCAGCAGUGGUAGCCCUAGCUGGCCAAAUUGCAUCACUGUGGAAAAUGUAGCUCUCCUAUUAGCCAAGGCCAUUGGCACAAAUCGUGCCUUGCCUCUACUACAGGAGUGUGGCUUGAAGCUAGAAUUGUCUGAAAGAUUUACUGGUGUCUGCGAGAUACUGAAAAUUGCUGAGAAAAGGCAAAGAGCCCUGAUUCAGUCCAUGUUGGACAAGUGUGACCGAUUCUUGUGGUCUCAGCAAGCAUAGAGAUGGCUGGGAAAGCUUUGGGAACUGUAAUGAUUGUAUGUUGAAGUGCCUCUGAAACUCGCAGGCUUUUAAUGAAGUGAGCUUCUCUCAAAAGAUGUGAUUGCAUUUGAGCCAGUGUCCAUAUGGCAGGUAUCUGCCUGGGAGCCAUUCACAGUUCUUCCCUACUCCUUUGGAGAUGAACUUUGCACUCUAGAACUUUAAAACAAUCCAGUGUCCAUCUCAAAAUUGAGCUGGCAUAUUUCUGAGAUGAAAAUCUAUUUUCUGAGUCUGCACAACUUAAGUGUUAAGAAUAUGAAUCCCCAAAAAUCAGGUUCUGAUGUAUAAAACUAUUUUUUGGUGUUUGUUUGUAAACAUGAGAAGCUAUUCCUGAGGAACAUCUGAGCAUGUUAUUUUUUAUUCUCCUGUAAAUUGUGUUGAUAUUUUUCAGAAUGAAUAAUAAUACUGAUUAAUGGCACUUAAAUUAAUUCACUGUUGAACUGUAAGAUAUUUCUAAAUUGCCCAUGACUGUUUGCAAAAUAUGACUGUAGGCUUCAGCUGGGCUAUUUCAAUAAACCUCAGGACAACAGUGUUCCCCAGUGCAUUUUGACCUUUAGAAAGCAAGAAGACCUCACCUUAUUUUAACCCUGGGGAAAAAAAAACAAACCCUGAACAUUGAGAGUAUAGUUCAAUUGAUGCCAUCAAGCAGAAAGUCUUUUUGAAUAUCAGCUAGAAUGUGAAUAUGAAGACUUAUAAAAUCACCUGGGUUUAAUUUCACAUUUACAGAACUAUGGUUUGCAUGAACGUGGUUUCUGCACUAAGUGCAUGUUUGAACAGAUUUUGGUGUAGGUCACUGAUUUUGGCCCUUCUCUCUAUCACAUUCUCACCCUUUUAGCAGAAGGUUGCAGUCAGCAACUGUUUGCAAAGGUCAAUUAAACAGUAAAUUCAUGCAUUAGAACUAAGUUCUAAUCCUUCAAAAUCCAUAAUGUCAAUAAAUGAUUUCAAAAUAUUUCUUUAUGAAGAUCUAAAAAUAAUCUGACGUGUAUUUGCAGCACUUACACUGUUGGGAAAUAAUGCUUUUAUUUUCAUCAAGAUAGGACUGUAGUAGUACAGCUUUCAGACUUUGGAUGGGUACAAUCUGACUUUUUCAUCUCAAUUGCAGGAAGGCCUAUUGUGAGGAGUUUAUUUCACUAGAGAAAAUGAAGCUACAGAUAGAGAAUUAGUAGCAGGCUUUCAUCUGGUAAUAGUGUUGCUUGUGGAAAAGCCAUUAAGUAAGUACUUCUAAAAAAGAAAAGUUUUCAGUUCUAUGUUUUGAUGUUAGAAACAGCCCAAAUCCUUCUAUCAGAAACACACCACACCCUCAUGGUACACUAUAGUAAGACUGUUGGAAUAGAAGCCAGGCACUUGCAGUAUAGGGAGGUUAAAUAGGUAAUAUCUGUUCCUGUUCUCUUAUCUGCCAAGUGAACGUGCUGCUACCUCAGUGGCUUAACUGUUUCUUGCAAUGCAUCAUAUCUUCAGCUGAGUGCUAUUGCUGCCUUUAAUAAGGAAGUUUGCUGAACUGAUAAAAAUGUAGCUGCCUUUUUUCUGGACUUAACUGUUUUGCUUUAUUUGUUCAGUGUACAUUGUGUACCUAACAAUCUCUUUCUUGCUUCUGUGAGGUUUUUGUACACUUGAGUAACCACGGGUGAGGACUGGGAUGCAGCUUUUUGUUCUUUUUUUACAAUAAAUCAUAACUUUGCAUUCAAA